GGUCAUUUACGUCCAACCCCGCCUCCCCCAACGCCAAGAUUUUCAAAUCGCCGAGCCACACCGCAGAGAUCGAAGCCAAGGAAAUCACCAAAUCCCCAAUUCCCCACUCGAUCCCACCCCCUUCCGCUCCUCGCCGCUGACGGCCGGCCACACCAUGCGGCGCGACGACGCAGGCGGCGGCGGGUUCCACGAUCUGUUCGACUCCGUGCGCCGCUCCAUCUCCUUCCGCUCGGGCGCCUCCGCGCUCGACGAGGCCGCCGCUUCCCCCUCCUCUUCCUUCGCCGCCGCGGGUGGUGGAGGGUUCAGGGAGCGGAUCAGCAGCCGCCUCCGCAGGUCGCGGGGGAUGGGGCUGCUUGGGAUGGCGGCUAAGAGCCCCUCGCCCACGCGCCUCCUUCCGCCGCCUCAGUCGCCGCCCCCGCCCACCGCCGGGGCCGGGGCCGGGGCCUCAGCCUCAGACGGAUGUGGCGGUGUGGUGGGAGAAGGAACUGGCGGAGGGGAGGAGAAUCCGCCGAUCCGGUGGCGGAAGGGCGACCUCAUCGGGAGCGGCGCGUUCGGGCAGGUCUACCUCGGCAUGGACCUCCACUCCGGCGAGCUCCUGGCCGUCAAGCAGGUUCUAAUCGGAAGCAGCAACGCGACAAGAGAGAAGGCCCAAGCACAUGUAAGGGAGCUUGAGGACGAAGUGAGAAUGCUUAAGAACCUCAAACAUACUAACAUUGUUAGAUAUAUUGGAACAGUACAGGAGGAAAAUACACUAAAUAUUUUGCUAGAAUUUGUUCCUGGGGGCUCGAUACAGUCAUUACUUGGGAGGCUCGGAUCAUUCCCUGAGGCUGUCAUCAGGAAGUACACUAAACAGCUUUUGCAUGGCUUGGAGUAUUUGCAUCGAAAUGGAAUCAUACAUAGGGAUAUAAAGGGAGCAAACAUACUUGUUGAUAACAAAGGAUGCAUCAAGUUAGCGGAUUUUGGAGCAUCUAAACAAGUAGAAAAGUUGGCAACUGCAACUGCUGCAAAGUCGAUGAAAGGUACACCAUAUUGGAUGGCACCAGAGGUUAUUGUUGGGAGUGGCCACAAUUGUUCUGCUGAUAUAUGGAGUGUUGGGUGCACUGUUAUUGAAAUGGCGACAGGCAAACCUCCCUGGAGUCACGAAUAUCAAGAGGUUUCUCUUCUUUAUUAUGUUGGGACGACGAAAUCACACCCACCUAUACCAGAGCAUCUCUCUGCAGAAGCCAAGGAUUUUCUGUUAAAAUGCUUACAAAAGGAACCAGAAAUGAGAUCUGCUGCAUCAGACUUACUACAGCACCCAUUUGUUACAGGAGGUAUGGAGGAUUUUUGUCAGAUUAAUCAUGCUGCGCCCAAGGAAACCACCAGCAACGAGCCUGCUGCCUAUCUAAUGCCAACUGAUGACUCGGACUUGAGUCGCCCAGGCAAGCUACGCAACUUGAAUUCAUACAAGUCAUCAGACACCAGACCAGUAUGGGAUCUGCACCGCAAUGAUGAUGACAUGAGUCAGUUUCCUGACAAUGAUGACGUGCCAAUGGUUGGAUCAAGCUUCAAUCCUAUGUGUGAACCAUCUGAUGAAUGGGACAGAAGGCUUGACAUAAGCCCAGAGCAACGAUUUAGUCAAUCAAGGGAGUUUGGUGGAUUAGGCAAGCUUGCAGAAAGACAGAUGUCUGAAAAUGAUUUUACUUUCCCUUGUGAAGGAAGCUGUGAAGAGGAUGAUGAAUUUACAGAAUCAAAAAUAAAGGAAUUUCUGGAUGAAAAGGCCAUGGAUCUAAAGAAACUACAGACACCUUUAUAUGAAUUCUACAACACAGUGAAUGCUGGAGCUUCUCAAAGAGUCAGUGAUGUUUCCCGAGCAAGCAACAUGGCCAAUCCCCAUUUACCCCCUCGAGCAAUUAAGAUGGUGGGAGGUGCAGCAAUAGAGCCAAUUUGUGUUAAUCUGAAUAAUGCUUGUCCCAGGAGUUGCGCUAGGCGCUUCUCAAGAAGCAGUGUGGAGAGCAGUCGUGUCUUGAGAGAAAUAGCUUCUCCUCAACUCAAUAAACUUGAGGAUAAGGUCCAUGAUGAUAUUCAAGACAAUCCAAGCCUUAGCUUUUCCAAAAUACAGAAGUGGAAGGAAGAGUUGGACCAGGAGCUUAAAAGAGAAAGGGAGAUGAGAUCAGGUGGCUAUGGUAAAGCAUCAUCACCAUCUCCAAGGAGCCGACGAUUGACUGGAAAACGAGAUCGCAGUCCUGUCUACUGAAUGGAAAAGAACAAUAAAAUCCAGCAGGACUGGAUGGUAUCUAACUAACCACAUAAUGUCAGCGAUUGGUGCCCAUACUAGUACAGUUAAGUGCCUAACCUUUCGUGUGACCUAACCUAGCAACCAAAUCCUUUUGGUGCUUAUAAAGGUAAAGAAGUUUGAGAGAGCCACUUCUAAGUGGACUGUGGAACGAGGGCUGUCAUGAUCUGCAAUGGCUGCCUUUGGAAUGUUGUAUUGCUUGGAUGAAAACAGUGAGGUGGCAGCUUUAUGGAAUGACAAGCUUCAUGUGCCACGAUUUUGCAAUUUUGGAAGAAAUGGUGUGCCUGUUGUAUAAUUUUCUUCUCUUUUUAAUUUUGUAUAAGCAGUAAUGUACCAUGUAAUGCCAAUGGAUGGAAAGUUUACCUGAUGACUGAGAAUCCAUUCGAUGCAGCAAACCCGUGAAACAGGGUUCAUCUUGACUGUU